AUGACUAAUGAAAUGGUAGAAAAGUUGUGGCGUGAUGGCCGUAUCUUUUAAUCGGUAUCUUAUUUUACCGGAAAUUGAGAAAAGUGACUUCAAAGUAUCUCAAGAAAAUAAACAUAAAUACACGGAUGAAAAUAUUACAAGAAAUUCGUCUAACGAGCAAAAGACCUCCGUGAUACCUGCAACUGUACCUUUAUGUGUCUUGAGUGAUGUCCAGUUACGAUUCUUGUGCCCAGAUGAUUUGGAGGAAGUACGAGCACUUUGCCAAGAUUGGUUUCCCAUUGAUUAUCCUUAUUCGUGGUAUGAAGAUAUAACAAGUUCCUCACGGUUUUAUGCACUUGCAGCUGUAUAUGGUGGAGUAAUAAUUGGACUCAUUGUCGCAGAAAUAAAGCCUUAUGCUAAAUUGAACACAGAAGAUCGUGGUAUUUUGUGUUCAAGUUUAGGAAAUGAUUGUUUAGUGGGUUAUAUUCUUAGUUUAGGUGUCCGUCGUGCAUAUAGAAGAAAUGGAAUUGCAUCAUUAUUAUUGGAACAAUUAUUAGCACAUGUCACUGCUCCAGAACGUUCUUCCGUAAAAGCAGUCUUCCUGCAUGUAUUAUCCAGCAAUGCACCAGCUAUAUUGUUCUAUCAGAGAUGUCACUUUCGAUUACAUAGUUUUUUACCCUAUUAUUAUGUAAUUCAUGGCAAAUGCAAAGAUGGUUUUACUUAUGUCCUCUAUGUCAAUGGGGGACAUGCACCACGAGGUAUUCGCGAUUGGUUGCGUCAUAUAGCUAGUGCAAUGGCUAGUCUUGGACCAUGCAGAAUACCACGUUGGAUUUGGCAACGGCUUCUUUGGGUUACUACUAUUCUUUCAUAUCAUAGAUGAUACUUUUUGACAAAUACCAAUGUUAAACCAAAUAUUUGUUUUUCUUUUAUUUUAAAAAAAAUACAUAUAGCAUAGAGUCUGCUAAUUUGGAUGUUGUGCCUACAUAAAUUUAUUAGUAAUUAUUUCCAUAAUUUUAUAUAAAAUUAUUAUAAAAACUGAUUUACUGCUAAAAUGACAAUACUUAAAUCAACAAGUAUAAAUUUUUAUUUAGUCAGAAGUAAUAUAAUUACUCUGUCAGAAAAUUUUGUAAUUCUUUCACCAUGGAUUAUAUUAUUAAAUGAUUUGAUAAUUUAAGAUUUAAAAUAAAUGACAUAAAUAUUAAGAAUAAAGCAUUUAACUGCCAGAGCAUUUGAUCGGUUCAAAAUAUUUAUACUUAAAUAUCUUUUUAAAUAUAAUAUGCAUGUUAAGAAGAUUUGUAUUUUGUUGAAUAUAUCAUAUUCAUAAAACAUUUAAAAACAGGACUCAUGCAGAAUAAAGUAAAUUCAUUAGUGACAGGAUAAAACUGAGAAAUUUCAAAAACAUUACUUGUUAUUUUUCCUAUAGUUUAUUAUAAUUGACUGAAUAUUUUCAUAUGCAUUAUCAUUAUUGUUGACUGUUAUGUAUAAUUUGCUAUUUCCAGUUUUAUCAUCAGUUGUUUUCUUAAUUUUCAAAUUCUCCCAUAAAUAUAAAUCUAAAUGUAAUGUUAACUAAGUUCUUUCCAGCAUACUAGUCAUUCUUUUGUUUUUGAAAGAUUUUAUUUCAUCUCAAAGACUUAUAUUCUUAAUUUUGUUACAAGAGAUUCGUUUCUGACUUAUUAUGUCACUUCUACAUAUUUUAGUGACAUUGAUAAAUAAACCAUUUUUCUUAACAUCUUGAUUUUCAUUUAUUGUAUCUUUUGUUUAAAAUUUUUCCUAUAUAUCUAUUUUAUUUUUUAUAUUACUUUACUGUUUAUUUAAUUUUGGUAAACAAGUAUUUUCUUAGUUUAUGAAGUUAAAAAUUAUUUUAUUUAUUAUUCAUCAAAUUACUUUGUCUUUAUUAGAAAAUAGCUUUCCCUAAUAAAACUUUGGGGCCAUACCUGUCACCAGUUUUAGUAUCACAGAGGCCUGUUUAAAUUCCUUAAACUCAUUAUUCAAAUCUGAGAGUGCAAUACUGAUUAUCAUGAUAGUUUAUAUAAUCAAUGCUGUCAUUAAUGACAGCAUGUUAACUGAUGUCACACUCAGCUUUUUUUAAUAUAUAUGAAAGAAAACAUCAUUUCCAAUGCUUCAGUGAAGCAUUCCAUAUAGAUGAUAUUAUUCUUUCAAUACCUUUUAGAAAUUAUUUAUCAAUUACUCAAACGUGUUAGAGUUGAUUACUUUUUAAUGUUUUAUGGUUAAGAAUUAAUUUGUUGAAAAAUAAAACAAAUGUUUUCUUAAUAAACAUUUUAAUUCAAAUUGGAUUCUUAUUGAAACAAUUCGAUAUUUAGUAUUUGUUCUUAUAAAGG